CUGCGUGUGUGUACAGUGAGAUUUGCUGUGUGCUGCUGGGAGAUGACAACAUGCCGGGCGGUUGCCGCUUCAACGAGCUUUGGCUUGAAAAUGAAAAAUACAAGUUGUGGCUGACACGAGGACCAAAUCCUCGAGUCGCCUCCUGUAAAGUCUGCAGAAAGGACUUGAAGCUUUUCUCCAUGGGAGAGGCUGCGCUGUCGAGCCACGUGAAAGGGAAAAAGCAUCAAGAACUGAUGAGAAGACUUCAACAUUCAAGUCCUGCAUUUGAGGAUUUUUUUCUGCAGACAAGCAAUGCAUCAAGCAGCAGUGUAAAAGGAACCAGUAUAUUGGAAUCAACCAGUGAAGUUUCAACAGGAUUUGCUCCUCUAACAUUCCCAGGUUCAUCAUAUGAGUCAACCAGUUACUGUAUAGAAUCAUUUGUUAACUCUAAUCCUGCACUUAAAGCCGAAAUAUGCUGGGCGAUAAAAGUUGCAAGUAGCCACUAUUCCUACAAGGCUUGUGAGAAUGCCGGGGCCAUUUUCCAAGCCAUGUUUCCUGACAGCGACAUAGCAAAACAGUUUACAUGUGGAGAGGAAAAAGUGGCAUACCUCACUGUAUUCGGGAUAGCUCCUUAUUUCUCUUCCCUAAUGAAAACCAGUGCCAAGAAUGAGUCUGGUUAUGUACUUCUAUUUGAUGAAUGUCUGAAUCAGGAAAUGGAAAAAUGCCAGCUUGACGUACACUUAAGAUUCUGGAAUGAUAAUCAAGUAACCUCAAGGUAUCUGACGUCUUUUUUUACAAGCCACCGCACUGAAGAAUCAAUCUAUGAGAAGGUUGAGGCAGUGUGUUGUGAUAUCGGCUUCCAGAACUUGAUUCAGCUGUCGACGGAUGGUUCAGAUGUGAAUGGGAAGCUCCUCACCAUGGCCCAACAAAACAUAGAAGAACAAACAGGCAAGAAAAUGCUCAAUGUUGGAAGUUUUGGUUUGCAUGUACUUCACAAUUCCUUCAGAGCGGGGUGUGCGUCUGCCAACUGGGAGCUGGAAAAUGCUCUUUCAAGCCUUAGUUGGCUAUUCGAAGAUGUUCCAGCUCGUAUGGAGGACUAUGUACUAGUUACCGGUUCCACAUCCUUCCCUCUUGACUUCUGUAAUGAUCGAUGGCUGGAAAAUGUGGAGGUGGUUGAGCGUGCCCUACAGAUUUGGCCAUCUCUGAAAAUGUACAUCAGUGCCGCCGAAGAGCAAACCGCAACAGAACCCUCUACUCAGUCAUUCAUAUCUGCCAAGAUGAUCGUCCAAGACGAUCUUUUCCCUGCAAAGCUCAACUUCUUUUUAACUGUGGCUGGAGAAAUCACUCCAUUUUUUAAGUUAUACCAAACCGACAAGCCCAUGCUGCCGUUUAUGAGUUGCGAUCUCACCAAUAUGCUGAGAAACCUAAUGGAGAAGUUCAUCAAGCUCAGUGUCAUGAAGAACGCAACAACCACAUUGAAGCUUCUUGAGGUCGACUAUGCCGACCCAGUCAACCAUGUGGAUGUGGCCAAACUGAGAGUGGGAUUUGUCACAGAGCAAGUCCUUGAAGAGAACUUAAAGAAGAACCCGGAUGCUGAGAGACUGAGGCUUGAGUUCAAGCAGAACUGCAAGGUGUUUUUACUGAAGAUGGUCUCCAUACUUUUGGAAAAGUCUCUGCUCAAAAAUCUUCUGGGGAGAAGUCUGUCUGUUCUGGAUCCGAGGGGGCUCCUUGAGAGCAAAGAGCAGAGCGUUCAAAAAUUCAAAACUGUUUUGCGGCUUCUUGUUGAAGCCGGACGCAUUGAGGAGAAAUGUUGCGAUGAGGUUCUGAGGGAGUUUGCUCGUUUCUACGACCGCAUCCUGAUGUUGACGCCAGAUGCCUUCAGGAACUUCGACCCAGAAAGCGGAAGGUUGGAUGAAUUCUACCAUGAGCGUUUAUCCUACAACGCAGAGUUUUGCCAUCUAUGGGAAGUAGUGAAACUAGUCCUAAUAGUUUCACAUGGUCAAGCCCUCUCUGUCGAGAGAGAGAUUCAAGUCAACAAGGAGGUGAUGGAGGAGAACCUCCAAGAACAUUUAUUGAUUGCUCGGCAGGUUAUUCGUGACCACGUGAGGAGUGUUGGAGGACUGCUCAACGUAACCUACACAGAGCAGCUACUCCUGUCUGCAUCUACUGCCAAACAUAAAUAUCACACGCAUCUCGAUGAACAAAGAUGUCUUAAGCAAGAUGAGCAGAAGACACUGAAGAGGAAAGGACUGAUUGAUGAGAUAACAGAGAUACAAGCCCAAAAGAAGAAAAUGGAGGAGGAUAUUAAGGUCCUCCUGGAGUCUGCUGAUGAGACUGCAGAAAAAGCGGAGUCGCAAGGAGAGCUGGGACUUAUAUCCAAGUCCAAUGGCUUUCGGAGAGCUGCGAAAGAAAUGGAAAGAAGUCUGGAGACUUUGGAGAAACAGUUAACUGAUAAACUGAAUGAAAUGAAGGAUCCUCCUUAUAAGGAGGAGCCUGUUUAACCUUUGAUAGGCCCCUUGUCCUUUUUGAUGAACGGCAUUUAAUAUAUCAAUUUAUGUUGAUAUGUUUUGAUUUUUACAAUAUUUUGUAUUCGUUUUAUUGAGAAGUAUAUAAGCUUGAGAAGCUUAAGGAGACAAUUGACUGCCAAGCCCAUUGUUUGACUCCAAGCACGUUCUUAUUUUGUACAUUUUCAAUA